AUGAGGCUCAUUCGAUCAAUCACUGAGGAAUACGCAAGGAGGAACUACGCAAGCAAUGUCUCUAAGUAUGACACUGUUAUCGGUUCUCUCACCGCACAGAGAAGGCAUUUUUUGCAGAGAGAUGUGUAUGAUGAUAUGAUGCUGGAUGGAGUACAGCCAACUAGGGAUAGAUUCCAUUCUCUCAUCAUUGGAACCAUGAAAGGCUCUUGCUUGCAGGAUGCUUUCUAAUUUUUUGACCAAAUGAAAUCCAUGGAUUUGGUCCUUGAUGUUACUUUAUACAACAUUUUAGUUUCAUUGUGUGGGAAAUGCAAGUACUCUGACCAGGCAAUUCGGAUUUUGGAUGAGAUGAAAAAUAUGAAGCCGAUGGUGCAAACCUAUGUGUGUCUACUCAAUGCAUGUGCUGCUGCUGGCUGUAUAGAUCAAGCAUAUGCGAUCAUUUGUGAUAUGACUGCAGCUGGUCUUGGGUUAAACAAGUUCUGCUAUGCAGGGCUUAUUGCUGCACUUAAGAACAAAUUGCCUGUUCCAGAAGAUUUUGCCACUAAAAUCAUUAAGUUCGUUGAGCGGUCAAAAGAGUGGACAUCAGUUGAAGUAUCCAGUGCCUCAUCUGAAAAUCUGAUGAUGGGUGUCGCUGAGGAGGAAUUAUAUAAUCUUCCCACUGCUGAAUAUGCUCAUAGGCGUGGUGGAUUUUUGAAUAGGCAACUAACUGUAUAUCAUGUUGCAUUUCAUGCUUGUGCAGACCUGGGAAAUGUAGAGGUACUUCUUUUUGAUGGAAACUCAAAGGAUGAGAAAUAUCCAAAUAUCUUCAUUGUAAUGCAAAUUAUGAGGUGCUAUCUACGUGCAAGGGACAUUGAUAAUGCUCUUAAAACUUUUGAAGACCACAUGAAUGCGAAAAAGCCUGCAGCGCCAGAACUAUAUGUAACACUUAUAGAGGGAGCCAUGAUUGGGCAUACCCCCAAGGGAAUGCAGCUUGUACAAGAUACACUGGUGAAAAUGACUGAGAGGGACUUUUUCUUGAGCCCAAAAAUGGGGAGUGACCUUCUCCUUAUAGCCUCUGGCGAAAAGAUGCUGUCAGAGCUUCAUUUGAUCCCUUUUUAUUAGCUUAGGGAUGAGAAAG